AUGCUUUCCUUCUCUUCUAUUGUUGGGCUGGCUGUUACAGGGUCUGUUGCCUUUGUAAUAUGGAAAGCGUAUCCUAAACCAAUUGCUGGUGUCCCUUACCACAAGAAGUCGGCGCGGUCCAUCUUGGGAGAUAUACCUCGCCUUUCGCAGAGCUUGAAAAAGACUCAGGAUUUUGUCAAGUACAUUGUUGAUGAAGCAGAAGUAUUUCAAGGACCCAUCUUUCAGCUAUUCCUCAGUCCCUUCUCCUCCCCAACAAUUGUUAUUGUCGACUAUGAAGAGACUCGCGACAUCAUGUUGCACCGUACUGGGGAGUUCGACCGCAGUAAACGCGUCCAGGAAGUUUUCCGGCCUAUUAUAGGAACAAAUCAGUUUGUCUUGGACUCGGGUGAGACUUGGAAGCUCCAUCGACGACUUGUACAAGACACGAUGUCUCCUGCGUUCUUACGAGACGUGGCUGCGCCGAGUUUGUACAAGGCUUUCCAGGUCUUGGUUGAUCUUUGGGAUAGAAAAAUCGCGUUAGCUUCCGGAAGACCAUUCCCAGUCGGCGAGGACAUUUCAGCUGCAACCUUAGAUGGCGUCCUCGCAUUUACCUUUGGUAGCAACCUGUCCAACACUGCCACUAUGCCCCGACUCGAGGCCCUGACCAGCUUGGACCCAAAAAGCUGGGUUGAGUCUCUUCACCAAGAUGCCCCCGUUGAUUUUCCCACAAACAGAACUCAUCCCAGCAUCGAAGCCGUGGGUGGCAUCUCUCACUAUCUGGCCAAAGUGUCCGAAUAUCCAGUGCCAAACAUGGCGUGGUGGUUCUUUAAACGCACUUCACAUUUUCAGCAACAGUCCAAACUGAAAAAAGAAUUUAUUCAUUCGAAGAUUGAAAAAUCUAUUCAUGCUACGGCUGGUAAAGCAGACGGCACCACAGUGCUUCGAAACGCCGUCGAUUUGGUUAUCGAUCGAGAACGUCGACUCUCCGAGCGAUACGGUAAAACCCCAGACUAUUUCUCGGACGCAGUAGUGGAUGAGCUUUUUGGUUUUACUCUUGCCGGUCACGAAACUACGAGUACCACGAUGGCAUGGGUUAUGAAAAUCUUAACCAGCCAUCCCUCGAUCCAGCUUAAACUACGACGACUGCUGUAG